AUGACGCACCUGCCUCCCCUGCUGCACCGUAGGCCCGGGAGUGCCUUGACGGGUCCCCAAGCUGGGACCAGCGGGCUCUCCUUAAAUGAUUGUCCAGUGGAGAAGUGUGCAAACUUCAUACCGGUGAGACAUCCGUCCGCGGCAGGACCGGCCCAGGCAGCCUCCGAGAAAAGCAGCGCGCCCGCCCGCCUGCCCGCAGCGCAAAGGAAGACCUGCGAGCAGACCAUGCCCCGCGAGCAGACCAUGCGGCUGGACCGACUUCGCGCGCGGCUGAGCGCCCUGGCCUGUGGGCUCCUGCUUCUCUUCGUCCGGGGCCAGGGUGAGGCUCUGUCGGGGGCGACAGGAACUGGGGUGAUGGUGUGGAUCCACGGUGGGGGGCUUAUUGUGGGCAUGGCUUCCAUGUAUGAUGGUUCUGCGCUGGCAGCCUUUGAGGACGUGGUAGUGGUCACUAUCCAGUACCGCCUGGGUGUCCUGGGCUUCUUCAGCACUGGAGACAAGCACGCAACCGGGAACUGGGGCUACCUGGACCAAGUGGCUGCACUACGCUGGGUCCAGCAGAAUAUCGCCCAUUUUGGAGGCAACCCUGACCGUGUCACCAUUUUUGGUGGGUCUGCAGGUGGCACAAGUGUGUCCUCACAUGUCAUAUCCCCCAUGUCACGAGGGCUCUUCCAUGCUGCCAUCAUGCAGAGUGGUGUGGCCCUGGUGCCUGGCCUCGUCAACAGUUCAUCUCAUGCAGUUUCCACGAUGGUGGCCAACCUGUCUGCCUGUGACCUAGUGGACUCCGAGGCCCUGGUGGGCUGCCUGCGGGCCAAGAGUGAAGAGGAGAUUCUGGCUAUUAACAACCCCUUCAAGCUAAUCCAUGGUGUGGUGGAUGGGGCCUUCUUGCCCAGGCACCCACAGGAGCUGCUGGCCUCUGGUGAUUUUCAACCCAUCCCCAGCAUCAUUGGUGUCAACAGCGAUGAGUUUGGCUGGGUGAUGCCCGAGAGCUUGGACGUGAUUUUCACCCAGAAGGAAGUGGACAGAGAAGCCAUGCUGGCUGUUGUGCAUAAAACAUUAGCACACAUGAUGUUGCCUCCUGAAAUGGGUGACCUGUGUAUGAAGGAGUACCUCGGGGACAACGAGAACUCUCAGACCCUCCAAGCCCAGUUCCAGGAGAUGAUGGGGGAUGCCAUCUUCGUGAUGCCUGCUCUCCAAGUAGCACAUUUUCAGCGUUCCCAUGCCCCCGUCUACUUCUAUGAGUUCCAGCAUCGUCCCUCCUUCUUCAAGGACAUCAAGCCACCCCACGUGAAGGCCGACCAUGGCGAUGAGGUUCUCUUUGUCUUCGGAAGCUCCUUCUGGGGCAGCCAUAUCACUGAGGAGGAGGCGCUGCUGAGCAGGAGGGUGAUGAAGUACUGGGCCAACUUUGCUCGCUACAGGAACCCCAAUGGUGAGGGUCUGCCCCACUGGCCCGUGUUUGACCAGGAGGAGCGAUAUCUGCAGCUGAAUAUACAGCCUGCAGUGGGCCAGGCCCUGAGGGCCCGCAGGAUCCAGUUCUGGACAAAGACCAUACCCCAGAAGAUCCAGGAGCUAAUGGAGGCUGAGAAGAANUGUGCCCAGACCCCCCCCCACUGA